UUGGUGGAGGCUUGCUGUUAUUUUCUGACGCUGUGUUUUUUUUCGAUUUGUAGUAUUGGUGUCGUUCAACCAUACCAUUCGGGAACCAUAAAUCGGAGUUCUAAAGAUGAAUUCCAGCGUCGACCUAUCCAGGCGCAAUCCGCAGGAGGAUUUCGAGCUAAUUCAGCGGAUAGGAAGUGGCACAUACGGAGAUGUCUACAAGGCCCGUAAUGUCAACACCGGCGAACUGGCUGCCAUUAAAGUUAUUAAGCUGGAACCUGGUGAGGACUUUGAGGUGGUGCAGCAGGAGAUCAUUGUGAUGAAGGACUGCAAACACUCCAACAUCGUGGCCUACUUCGGCAGCUAUCUCCGGAGAGAUAAAUUAUGGAUCAGCAUGGAGUACUGCGGAGGAGGAUCUCUGCAGGAUAUUUAUCACGUGACUGGGCCUCUGUCCGAGUCUCAGAUUGCGUAUAUGUCACGGGAAACCCUUCAGGGUUUGUACUAUCUCCACAACAAAGGCAAAAUGCACAGAGACAUUAAGGGAGCAAAUAUUCUAUUGACAGACAACGGCUAUGUGAAAUUAGCUGACUUUGGUGUAUCAGCACAGAUCACUGCCACGCUGGCUAAGAGGAAGUCCUUCAUUGGAACUCCAUACUGGAUGGCUCCAGAGGUGGCAGCAGUGGAGAGGAAGGGAGGCUACAACCAGCUGUGUGAUAUCUGGGCCGUGGGCAUCACUGCCAUUGAGCUGGCCGAGCUGCAGCCUCCUAUGUUUGACCUGCACCCCAUGAGGGCCCUUUUCUUGAUGACAAAGAGUAAUUUCCAGCCGCCCAAAUUGAAAGACAAAGUGAAGUGGGGAAAUAAUUUCCAUCAUUUUGUCAAAUUGUCCCUGACGAAAAAUCCCAAGAAGAGGCCAACAGCAGAGAAACUGUUACAGCACCCAUUUGUGUCACAGCCUCUCAGUCGAACCCUGGCCAUCGAGCUGCUGGACAAAGCCAACAACCCAGACCACACCACAUACAAUGACUUUGAUGAUGACGACCCUGAACCAGAGUCUCCAGUGUCUGUUCCCCAUCGGAUUCGCUCCACCAGCAGGAGCACCAGGGAAGGGAAGACGCUGUCUGAGAUCACCUUUGGCCAGGUGAAGUUUGACCCCCCGUUGAGGAAGGAGACAGAGCCCCAUCAUGAGCUGGAUCUUCAACGGGACUAUGGACAUGAAUCUCCAAGCCUGGUGGGAGGGAACAACAAACACAGUACCAUCAUGAGGCCGAAAGUCCCACCCCCACUUCCCCCCAAGCCCAAAUCUAUCUGUCCGCCCCAGGAGAGCCCGUCCCAGGGAGAGGAUGAUGUAGGCGGAGGGGGGACCAUCAAGCGCUGCCCCGUACCCGAGAGCCCCGCACGACCCGCCUCAAAUGUACCCCCCCGCCCUCCACCCCCACGCCUGCCCCCCCUCAGACGCAGUAGCCUAGGUAAUGGAUUGAGCUCUCACCAGAAUGGAGAAAAGGACAGUGCUGCAGAGAGGCAGUCCACCAUGCCCCCUAGUGUCCCCAUACGGAAAGACAAGAAGGACAUUCCAAAGCCAAUCAGUAAUGGUCUCCCACCCACACCCAAGGUCCAUAUGGGGGCCUGUUUCUCCAAGGUGUUCAACGGCUGCCCGUUGAAAAUCCACUGUGCCACGUCCUGGAUCAACCCAGACACCAGAGACCAAUAUUUGAUAUUUGGUGCUGAGGAGGGGAUCUACACUUUAAACCUGAAUGAACUGCACGAGACGUCAAUGGAGCAGCUCUUUCCCCGGCGUUGCACUUGGCUUUAUGUUAUGAACAACUGCUUGCUCUCUAUAUCCGGAAAAGCCUCCCAGCUCUACUCUCAUAACGUAGCUGGUCUGUUCGAGCAUGCCCGGCAAAUGCAGAAGUUACCCAUGGCCAUUCCCACACACAAACUCCCAGACAAAAUGAUUCCAAGGAAGUUUGCCGUAUCUAAUAAGAUUCCAGAUACAAAAGGUUGCCAAAAGUGCUGUGUGGUGAGGAACCCAUACAGCGGUCACAAGUACCUGUGUGGAGCGUUCCAGUCCAGUGUGGUUCUGCUGGAGUGGGUGGAGCCCAUGCAGAAGUUCAUGCUCAUCAAGAACAUCGACUUCCCCCUGCCCUGUCCUCUGGAGGUGUUUGAGAUGCUGGUGGUACCAGAGCAGCAGUACCCUCUCAUCUGUGUGGCCGUCAGCAAGGGCACCGAGCUCAGCCAAGUGGUCCGCUUCGGAACGGUCAACCCCAACUCAACAUCCUCCUGGUUCACAGAGGCCGAUACGCCCCAGACGUGUGUCAUCCACGUCACCCAGUUGGAGAGGGACACCAUAUUAGUUUGUCUCGACAGGUGUAUAAAGAUAGUGAACCUACAGGGACGGUUGAAGUCAAGCAGGAAGUUAUCUGCUGAGCUGACGUUUAACUUCCAGAUCGAGGCGAUAGUGUGUCUCCAAGAUAGCGUUCUGGCGUUUUGGAGGCAUGGUAUGCAAGGGCGGAGUUUCAAGACCAAUGAGAUCACCCAGGAGAUCUCUGAUAACACACGGAUCUUCAGACUGCUGGGAUCUGACAGAGUGGUGGUGCUGGAAAGCAGGCCGACAGACAACCCCACAGCACCCAGCAACCUCUACAUCCUGGCUGGACACGAGAACAGCUACUGAUCAAACUGCACAGCAUCCUGGGAACACAAGUAACAAACACCUGGAUGACUUCUAUAUGAUUUCAACCACUGCUAGCAUCUCAGCUCACACCACACAAGUGCUUAAUUGACCUGUAUUUAAUUGAUGUAAAUAUAAAUGUAGUAUUUUUUUGCAGAAAGGUACCCUGGCUACUCUGGGGUUGUACACUAAAGACUGGUCAUGUAGAUACGUGUGCAUAGGUAUUCUGUACAGUUAUGGAGAAUAUAAAGAUUUUAAGGGGUGGUGAGUGGUGCAGGGGGGGUGACAGUUUGAGCACUAAAAAGGACUUCCUGUUUUUUGAUCAUGUGAUCAGGGACAGGAUUUGAAGCCCCCUCUCUGAGGUUUGACUAAGUCUGAGCAACAAGGAAGUACCACUAUACUGGUAAUGUCAUUCUGCACGCAUCGUCAGGCCAAAUGUGGGAACUUCCUUUCUGGUUUGCUUUGAGAAAUGUGUAAUGGGAGAUCUACAGUUUCAUUCUUAGCUUCCACUUUGAACUCUGAGGUGAAAAUUCAUUUCAAACUGUUUUAAUUGCAGGCUUACUUCCCAGCUUAGUUGUAUGCUUUUUUAAUACUGUGGAAUCACUGGUGUUAAAAUUUGCACAAAAAUAUAUUUAAAAAAAGAAAUGUGACGUAUGUAACUGUAUGUGUGUGUGUGUAAACUUAAACAUGCAUAUGAUCUCACAAGCUGUGACACAGGGGUUACAUUAGAUAAGUCAAGUUAUUCUAGAACACUCACUGAAUUUUUUUUAAAUACUUUGAGAUAGUGGAGGGUGAAAUGUCAAAGGUGAAAUACCAAAACAGGCUCCAGCAAUGCUGUUGUUUUAAUCACCACAGUUUCAUCAUGUUGUAAUUCUCAAUGUCAAUAUCGAUCAUAUACACUAUAGUCAAAUGGCCAGAACUAAACAUUCCUUACUGUAGGGCUCAGUGAAGAUGUUAAAAAAAUAUGAAUGUUACAUGUUUUUAUGUAAUGCCAAAACGUGUUCUCAAUUUAUGGCCAAAAUUUGUUGGGUGUCUCUACCUCGUGUUAGAACAAAAGGAAACGAGUUGUGUAGAAGGAAAAAAGUCAAAACACUACAAAAUUCAUGUUGGUUUUAAUUUACACAGUAAACAUGUGUAAUGAUUAUGGACAAACUAGUUCUUCCUUUAUGCUGCAUUACCAUUUUCAUAUUGCAAUGCACAUUAUUACAUGUAUAUACUGUAAAAUAAAAUCGGUUGGUUUUACAUACUGUAUAAUUGCCUAUAUUUUGUUUCAAAUGUGUAACAGAUUUAUGAAACUGGUUAACACAUUAAAAGAAGGAACUGAA